UUCAGUGUUGGCAUCUCAAGUGCUCUCAGUGCGUUCUACAGUCUAUUUCUUACCAUUUCCGCCGUCGUUCUUGAACUUUCACAUGUGCUCUCUGAAGAAGAGGAAAGAGAAGUCACUAUUAAAGACAUGAUAUUCGGUAUGUACAUGUAUGGUGUCUCUAUACUAUUCUUCUUCUACAUGUACAUUGUACUACUUUUGAAUCCACAAUGGUAUUGGGCAGUGAAUGUGUUGCAGGUUAUCCACUUCAUACAACUUUUUUUUGCCUUCGUAGCAUCAUCGCUGUGUUCUACUGUCAGCACCACAAGAAAGGUGACUCAUGCCGGUACUUCAACCGGGAGUCUCUUCCUGAGAUUUGGCUGCGUUGUGUUCGGGGUUAUUGGGGUUGUUUAUUAUUCAUUCCUGGUCUUUUUGUGUUUCGUCGACUCAAGUUGCUCCGUAUUCAUCACUACGCUAGAAGUAUUCUCCAUCGUGUUCAUUUUUGUCCAAAUGCAUUUUAUCUUCUGUAACUCAAAGCUAUCCAUCACUGGUCAUCAUCCAAUAGCACGAUUUGGAACCAUGCACCUCAUAGCUGCCAAUUUAUGGACGUGGAUUCGAUACGUAUUAUUGGAAGAAGGAGCAAUGGAGAAGGAGAUCAGAGAAGUCUUCCAUGUAAUACACAGCCAAAAUGAGUCUGGAAUGGAUAAAGCCACGGUUGAUGCGUUUGAACACCGAGAUAUCGAAAGUGGUUGCCAAUCAGUGGAAUGCAUGCUAGGCAGUGUGUCCGAAAUGAUGUAUGCGGCUAUCGUGGAAUAUUCACUUAUCGCUGCUGCCGUGAUGUAUAUUGUCUGGAAAAACAUAGGCCGAGUACAUUAUAAUUCAGAGUACGUGAAACGGAAAUACCACAUUCGGAUGGACUGCUCGAACACUACAACUGGGCUAUUUCUAGGAUUGAUUUUUCUGAUAGGAACAUUCUCGUCUAUGCUCAUUUAUUACGGUUACUCAAUUCUGGGCGAAAAUACGAGUGCAGCGUUUGCAUAUGCAAUUACCGACAUUGUACAGUACAUUAUGGCUACUAUUGGUUGUGUGAUAGCUAUUUACUAUAUGAGAAGCUUGAGUCGUACUGACAAACGCGACAGUCACUCGUCGAAAGACCAGGAACUUUUGGACCAUAUACUUUUGAUGCUUGGACUGGUCGGUGAGCUGAUGUACUCGGUGGCAGGACUUGUUGGUUUGACGGGAGAAGGACAAUGGCAGCCGCUUGCAUUCCUUCUGUUCGUCGUGCAUAUUCUGAGAUUAAUACAGGUCGGGACACAGACAUUUGUAAUAUACCUAGCCACUAAAGUGAAGGCCGGAAUAUCCAACAGACGGAGUCAGCCUGGAAAACAAGCCAUCACCUUUCUGCUAGCAGUCAAUUUGUCACUGUUCAUGAUGAACCUUUUCCAAAGUCAGAAACCGGCCCUUUCCGAAAAUAUCAUUGAUUUCUAUGGAAAGCGAUCAUGGGUAUUUCUUGUUCGCAGCUUUUCUCCAUUGACGGUAUUCUACCGAUUUCAUAGCUCCGUCUGUCUAGCUGAAAUAUGGAAGAGCGUCUAUGCAAACAAGUGA